CGCCAACAGAGCAAGCCAGCGCAGCCAAAGCAGCAGAGAAGUUGGCGGAGGGGCUCGUACCAUGGCGGACGAUCCAAACGCAUCCACGGAGAAGUUUCUGCUUCACUCCCUGGAGAAGAUCUUGGCAGAGAAGGACGUGAAGAAGAGCGCAAACGCCCCACUCCGAGAAGCAUGUCAACAGGCGCUAGACUCGCUCAAGAAUGAGCUGAAGCACAAGGGCGCCAGCACCGCAAAGGUGGACCCGAAUCGGCCGCUGCCGCCGCCGGGCGCGAGCGGUAUGCGCGUGUCGUCGGAAAAGUACUUCAAGCCGUUCAAGAUGGCCUGUGAAUCGCGCAGCCCCAAAGUGGUGCGCACUGCGCUCGACUCGCUGCAGAAGUUGAUGGCAUACGGCCACAUUACAGGCACCAUGUACGCAGAGUUGGAAGGGCUGCCGGAUGCACAGCGCCUGGUGGACUCCCUCGUCGAGACCGUCUGCAACUGCUUCACGAACGAAACGACGGAUGAGGGCGUGCAGCUGCAGAUCCUCAAGGCGCUCCUCACUGCCGUCACCUCAACAACAUGCGUCGUCCACGAACGCACCCUCCUCCGCGCUGUGCGCACGUGCUACAACAUCUACCUGACGAGUAAGAACCUGGUGAACCAGACGACGGCCAAGGCGACGCUUACGCAGAUGAUCAGCGUCAUCUUCCAGCGCAUGGAGAGCGUUGCCCAGCCGCAGGAUCAGAUUGAAGAGGAGGCGAUGACAGAGGACGCGGCGCUCGAGGAAGAGCAACGCCAGCAGCAGCAGGAGGAGGAAGCGGAAGAGGAGGAAGCGGAUGAGGAUGAGGGCGGUGGCGAUGGAGGGGAGACCGGCGGGCCCGUGCAGAUUGCUGCCCAGCAGGAAGAGGACGACACGCAACACCAACAGCAACAGUCGUCUGAUGAUGAGCAUGGUGAUGAUGGUAAUGAUGGCGGUGCAAGUGUGGUUCCACUUGAGACGUUUGCUGCCACUCUCGCUCGCUCGCUCCUCAGCUCCGCCAUCGCAGACGUUACAGGGUCGCCCGCCGCCACGGCCGCCCCAACAUCACCGGAGGUGCAGCAACAGCAACAACAGCAGCAACAGGAGAUUGAGAUGCGUGAGGAGGAUCUCACGGAUGAGCAAUACGGGCACGUGUACCGCAAGGACGCAUUUCUGGUGUUCCGGUCCAUGUGCAAGCUGUCGAUGAAAGAUUUGGCCGACGAGGAGGCAGAUCCGCGCUCCCACGAACUCCGCUCCAAGAUUCUCAGCCUCGAGUUGCAACUUGUGAUUCUGCAGAACGCGGGCCCGGCCUUUUGCAACGACUCCCUCUUCAUCGAUGGCAUCAAGCAGUACCUGUGCGUUGCGCUGUCGAAGAACGGCGUGUCGCACGUGCCGGCCGUCUUUGAGCUCUCCCUCGCCAUCUUCCUCGUCCUCCUCACAAAGUUCAAGCAGCACCUCAAGAUGCAGAUUGAGGUGUUCUUCAAGGAGAUUUUGCUUUCGAUGCUUGAGACGAGCUUGUCGAGCUUCCAGCACAAGUGGCUGGUCAUUGUCUGCCUCGCAAAGAUCACAUCAAACCCACAGAUGGUCGUCGACUUAUACCUCAACUACGACUGCGACGAGUAUCUUGCGAACAUCUUUGCGCGCAUGGUGGACGAUAUCUCCCGUGUCGCCCAGGGCCGCGCUGCCUCGGAGCUCGGCGCAACGGCCCAGCAAGAACACAACAUCAAGGUGAAGGGCCUGGAGAGCCUGGUGGCCAUCAUGCGCGCCAUGGACGACUGGACACGCCCUAUGCUGGAGGAAUUGACGGCAAGGACCGUCAAGGACGCAAACUCCCUCCAGACGGAGGCCCACUCCGAUGCUGUGUCGCUGUCGUCGGAAGCGCAGCGCCAGGCCGAUGCUCUCGAUGACGAAAUUGCCCAGUUUGAGUCGCGGAAGCAGAAGAAGGAGCUGCUCGAGGCCGGGAUUGAGCUCUUCAACAAGAAGCCCAAAAAGGGAAUGCAGGUCCUGCAGUCCAAAGGAUUUGUUGGCGCCGACCCUGCCGAUGUCGCCCGCUUCCUCCUCGACGAAACAAGGCUCGACCGCGCAGCCAUUGGAGAGUAUCUUGGCGACGGCGAUCAGCACUGCAUUGAUGUGAUGCACAAAUACGUCGACCUCACAGACUUCACCCAAACGCGCGACUUCCUCUCCUGCCUUCGCCACUUCCUCGGCAAUUUCCGCCUCCCCGGCGAAGCGCAGAAGAUUGAUCGCAUCAUGGAGAAGUUUGCUUCCAGGUACUGUGAGUUGUACAAGGACAACGGCAUCUUUGCCUCUGCUGACGCUGCAUAUGUGCUGGCAUACUCCAUCAUCAUGCUCACAACAGACCUCCACAGCUCAAAGGUGAAGCGCAAGAUGACCAAAGAGGACUUUAUCAAGAUGACGCGCGGCAUCAACGAGAACCGCGACCUUCCGCGCGACUUUGUCACGUCCAUCUACGACGACAUUGCCAAGCAGGAGAUUCGGCUCAAGGGCGGCACUGCAGCCCCGCGCCCCGCCGUCGAGCAGCUCACAAACGCCCGAACACGACAAGCCCUCUACCACGAGGAACGCAGGAACAUUGAGGCGAGCGCCGAGGCGGCGAUGACCCGCGCCGGCACCGGGAAAUCGUCCAAGCGGUUCCUCCGCGCGACGCACGUCGAGCACGUCCGCCCCAUGUUCAAGGUUGUGUGGACGUCGCUGAUGGCUGCGUUUACCAUCCCGCUCAACUCCACCAACGACCAGCACGUGGUGGAUCUGUGUCUGGAGGGCCUGCGCCUGUGUAUCCACAUUGCCUGCAUCUUCAGCAUGGAUCUUGAGCGCGGCGCGUUUGUGCCUGCGCUGGCCAAGUUCACCAACCUGUCGUCCCCACACGAGAUCAAGGGGAAGAACGUCGACGCCAUCCGCUGCCUCCUCGAUGUGGCUGCAAAGGAGGGCGAUUUCCUGCAGGAUUCGUGGAAGGACAUUCUCGCCUGCAUCAGCCAGCUUGAACUCGUCCAAAUCGUUGGCGCUGGGAAGCGGGCGCGUAACGCAGAGGCCAUUUCGCAGACGGCGUCGCAGGACAUUGUGGUGGCCACGGAUCGCAUCUUCAUGCUGUCGCGAAACCUCAACGGCACGGCCGUGGUCGACUUUGUGCGCGCGCUGUGCGAAGUGUCCAUGUACGAGCUCACACACUACAACCCGCCCCGCAAGUACACCCUCACAAAGACGGUUGAGAUUGCGUACUACAACAUGGAGCGCGUGCGCAUCCAGUGGGCGCACAUCUGGGCGGUGAUGGGCGAGCACUUCAACCGCGUUGGGUGCAUGCAGAACCAAGACGUCGCCUUCUUUGCCGUGGACAACCUGCGUCAGCUCUCCAUCAAGUUCUUGGAGAAGGGCGAGUUGGCAAACUACAGCUUCCAGAAGGACUUCCUCCGCCCCUUUGAGUACAUUAUGCAACACAACAAGGCCGUCGCCAUCAGGGACAUGGUUGUGCGGUGCGUUGCGCAGAUGGUGCAGUCCAAGGCCAACAACAUCCGCUCCGGGUGGAAGAACAUCUUCUUUGUGUUCUCGCUCGCCGCCGCUGACACGGACCGCAACAUUGUCACGAUGGCGUUCACCACCACCAAGCACAUCUUUGACCAGUACUUCUCCAAGAGGAACGACCACCGCGCGUCGCUCAUUGCUGCGUCGUUCAUGGACGCCGUGAACUGCCUGACGGAGUUUGCGUGCAACACGCACUUCCCCGAGCUGAGCAUGGAGGCCAUUCGACAGCUGCGCGUGUGUGCGACGACGGUGGCGGACGCGCCCGACCUGUUUGUCAACCCGCUGGAGGAGGACAAGGGCGAGCCGAAGAUCUGGGUGAAAGGGUGGUUCCCUGUGCUGUUUGGCCUCUCGCGCAUCAUCACGCGCUGCAAGAUGGACGUGCGUACGCGUGCGCUCACGGUCAUGUUUGAGGUGAUGAAGACGUACGGUGAGACGUUUCUGUCGCAGUGGUGGACGGACCUGUUCCGCGUGGUGUUCCGCAUCUUCGACAGCAAGAAGCUGCAGGACAUGACAUCUCAGCAGGAGCGGAUCGAGUGGAUGUCCACCACGUGCACGCACGCGCUGCGCUCCAUCAUCGACGUUGUGUCGCAGUUUUUCAAAACGCUGGAGGAUUGUGUCAUUGACGACCUGUUUACCCUCAUCACCUGGUGCAUUAUGCAAGAGAACGAGCAGCUGGCACGCGCUGGCACGGAAUGCCUGCACAUUCUCGUGAUGAACAACGGUGCAGACUUUGAGGACACGACGUGGGAGCUUGCUGUGCGCACCAUCAGCAACCUGUUUGACCAGACGGCGCCGAAGGAGCUGUACGAGUUUGCUGCGUCUCCACAGCAGCAACUACAGCAACAGCAGCAGCUGGGCGCUGGUGUGGUUGAGGAUGCACACGACAGCGGAGACCUGAGUGGGGCUGACAAGGCAUCGGUCAACGGCGCCAACGGGACCGCUGUUGCUGUUGCUGCUACUACUGCUGCUACUACUGCUGCUGUGAGCUCUGCGGUUGCUGGUGAGACGGGUGAUUCUGGCACGGGGAGCACAGACGCAGGAGCAGCCGCAGCGAACACAGCGGAAACGGAUGGCGGGGAUGGCGCGACGGCAAAGGCGCAACACCAGCGUGCUGAAGCAACAGAGCAGAAGGGCGCAGAGGAGGAACGGGAAGAGAAGGAAGCCGUUGCUGUUGCCGACACGCCAUCUUCAAAGGAAAGCAAGAAGGCCACGCCAACAAAGGCCUCGCCAAGCAAACCAUCGCCCAAACAGCAGCAGCAGCAGCAGCAGCAGCAGCAGGGGCGGCCGCGAAUGACGAGCAAGGAGCAGCGGAGCAGAGAAAAGGCGCACCAGCAGCAGCUGUUCAAUGCCAUUGUCAUCAAGAGCGUGGUGCAGCUCGAGCUGAUCCAGACGGUGGAGUGGAUUGUGCUGUCCUCCACAAAGCCGUCGUCACAAGUGGUGCACAACCGUACACUCAAGGACGUCCCGCUGACGCCGAGCAAGCACCAGACAGACCUGACCAGCGCGCGUGUGGCGGCGCAGCAGCUUGCGCUGAGCCAGCCGCUGGACGAGGCGGGGGAGAUGUUUGAACGGCUCACGUCGCCGCGGCUGCUGGUGCUGCUGGACUGCCUGCUGCGGUCACACGAAUUUGCGCGCAAGUUCAACCUGAACAUGGAGCUGCGCACGCGGCUGUGGAAGGCCGGGUUUAUGAAGAACAGGUCCAAGCCAAACUUGCUCAAGCAGGAGACCACGGCGCUGGCGUGUGCGCUGCGCAUUCUCUUCCGCAUCUACGAGGCGAAGAACCGUGCGGACGUGCAUGGUGAUGUGGAGCAACGACUGCUGGCCACGUGCACGUCCACCUUCGACCACUUCCUCACCGCCAUCACCAAGGACACGCGGGAGGUGUGGACGCCGCUCAUGUGUCUGCUCAUUCGGGAGCUGCUUGCGCUUCCGGACGCCAAGUUUGCUGUGCAUGGCGCUGCGCAUUACGACGCGUUGACGGAGUGCAUCACGCUCGCGUUUGACUCGCCGCUUGGCAACCUCGGCUUCUUGCUCGGCUCGUUCUUCCAGCGCACGCGCAACUUCCAGUUUAACGCGCCUGCGUGAGGCGUGAGCACGUGUGUGUCUGUGUGUGUGUGUCUGUGUGUGUCUAUGUGUCUCUGUGUGGAUGUGGGUGUGUGGGUGUGGGUGUGGGUGUUGAAGUGCGGUGAGUGUGACAGAUGCUGUGUGCGUGUUCAGUUGGUAGCUACUCAUCUCGUGUCGUGUUGUUGUUCUUGUGAUGAUUCUUGGUUGUGAUGUGUCGUUUCUCGCUCCUCUUUGUGUUUGGUUUUUUGUCUCCCAUCUUUGUUCUCGCGUGUUUGCUAACGUGUAGAUAGUGGGCGGUUUGUACGGUUGGUCAACCACACACACGCACGCACGCACGCACUUGCAUACACACGGGACAAGGGUGGCAAAUAGACAACAAGAAGGAA